AUGAAUGCUAUCUGUGGGAACGUAAUUGGCCGUAUGGUAUCAGCGAAUGUGAAGGAAACUAUCUCAGUACAACAGCCGGUCACUGCGCAACCUCCACAGGGUCCAACCGACUUUGCUCAGAACAAAAGCAACGCUACGGUAUUGCCAGGUGUAGCUGCUGAUUGGGGUCGCCCACUAAGCAAUGGUCAUGGAUCCUGCAACGAUCUCGGUGCAAUCGGAGUGGAGAGGAAGAAAACUAGCACUUCGUCUACAUGGGGCUUGCCUUCAUCGCGCAUUAGUGGUCCUGGAGGUGAUGCUUUUGGAUGGCCACCAAGUAGUCAUCCACCAGAUCUUCCAUCACCAUCACCACCCAUUCCGCUUAAAGAUGUUGUCCCUCCGAGUUUUACUGUAGGAGCUGCCGGAGUCAUUGGACAGCCAGUCAGCACCAAUUCUUCUGUAGCUUCCACAGGAGGAAAUCCUUUACUCACUGGAGCAUCGAGCACAGCUUCAAUGAUAUACAGUAAUUACCAAUGGCCGCCAUCUUCGAACCCUGCACAGGCAUCAGCAGAUCUUCGUCUCUUUCAACCAAUGACCCAUCCAUCUUCAGUAGUUGGAGCGAAUCAAUUGAAGCUAGCUCAGGCUCAGGCACAGGCUGCACAGCUUCAAGCGCUCCUUCUCCAGAACAACGGACUUGGAAAUCCCAAUCUGUUGAUGGCGCGCUUGAGAUCGCUUGCUCCUGGAGUUGACCCACUGCUGGCACUCGGAGGACUUUCG